AUGCUCCUGCUUCCACCACCUAAUGCUAGAGACAGCCGUCCACUAUAUCACCUUUCGGUCGAGACCAACUGUCUCCGCCCUUGGGCGCUCAUCACUGUCGUCCGGUGCGGGAGCUCGGGGGAAGGGCUCUACGUCGAAGAGUUGGGUAAAGUGCACUUGAACAAUUUCCGGCCGCUGCGCCUGCGCCGGAACUUCGAUGACACCGUGCUGUAUCGAGACCCGGACCUCAAUGCUCUCACGAAAGGUGAAUGCAGUUUCCUGCGCUCUCAUCCAGGGCAAGAAGACCCGCUCCAUCCGCGUCGCGACGUUCCACCCCCAGACCAGGCAUUGCGCACUGCGGAGGGGUCCCGUGCAGCAGCGAUGCUGAGCGUAGAGAACGAAGGCGUGCCAUUCAAGCUGAUGGACCACACAUAUCAUUCUUGA